UUGUUAGCUAGCGCAUAGCUACCCAGUCAGCUAGCUCGUUGAAACAUUAAAACACAGGGACCAGUUUAUGCCAAAUAAACAGCUGUCGUUCGUCAUGAGAGAGGACCGCCGCUCCCACUGCACGUCGGUCAACCUUUGACGGCCCGAGGACGAACGAGGGACUUCCAGAAAAACAAUGAUUAGUUUAGCCAACGCCAAAAAAAAAAAAAGUGAAGCUACAGUUUCUGGACAGCCUUGCUCGUUAGCAUCCUGAGAAGGAGAGCUCUGAGAUUUUUUUUUUUUUUUUUUUUUGCGAGGACUGGAUGCGGAAGGAAGGAAGGAAGAUAUGAGGCAAGCUGGACAGCUAAUGCUAAUUAUGAAUGUGUUUUCAUACAGUCAGUGGGUUACCAAUGUGCCAAAAAGUCACUCUCCUGAUUACUCAACAAGGAUUAGGCUAGAGUGUGGCAACAUCGGUGCAGAGAGAGAGCACAUACUGGCACAAGAAUAUGCAAGGACUCUUUAAUUCAACUGAAGUAUACAUAUCCAAGACACAAAACUAUUAUCCUUGAUGAACCACUCUUGGUUAACCUGCCAUCCCCAAUGGAAGUGCCAUCAUAGACACAAGAUACUGUGGCUCGGACUACAGCACAGUUUUUUGAGCUACGUCAUUGGAGGAAGCAUUUCAGCUUCUGUUUGAAUCUGGAGGUGGAAAUGGGUUCCCAAGCUCUUCAGAUACUGCGACAGGGGGUAUGGGCCUCACUCACAGGUGGAUGGUAUGUGGACCCCCAUCAGAGCACCUUCUCAAACUGCUUCCACCUCUACCUGUGGAUAUUUCUCCUGGCCUUCCCCUUUCUGCUGUACAUGGCUCUUCCUCCUAGCUUGGUGGUAGCUGGGGUGUACUCGGCUGUGGUGGCUGUCUUCUUCACCGCCAUCAAGGUGGUAAACUAUCGGCUUCAUGCUAUGUUUGACCUGGGGGAGACCGUGGAGAAGAAGCAAGCCUCACUCACAGCGGACGCCCCAAAGAUGGAAGAUGGAGAUGAAGGUUCAGGAGCCCAUGAUGGGAACCAUCACAGGGAUAGUCAUGUUGGAGUGGAGAUGACUGUGUUUCGGAAAGUGAAUUCAACACCCCCAGUCCGCUGUAGCUCUCAGCACUCUCUGUUUGGAUUGAACCAGGUUUCGGAGUUCUUACCUCAGCUGGAGGAUUCAGGGGGUACCAAGGAUAUCAAAGAACUAAUGAGGGAACAAGGCAGCAAUAAUGUGAUAGUCACGUCAGCUCACCGUGAUAUCCUACGCCAGAGUUCCCAGGACACCAUUAGGGCUCCUGGCGUGGUCCAGUCCUGCAUCGCUGCUGCUCUGGGAGGGGAUUUCCCUGCUCUCAUGGGAGUGUCAGCUGGGUUUGGAGAACCUGGAGCCUGUAUGUCUAUCCCCCCUUCACCUUCCAGUCAAGAAGAUGGAGGUGAGAAAGAACAGUUGCAGGAAGUGGAGGAGUUACCCGAACAACUCUCUCAACAGAGUCCUGAGGACAAUGGGUUGGGGGCUUAUUCUCCCCUUGGCCCCUCUGCUGAAUCUGAGAGUCUGGGAGAUACUCCCCUCAGCCCCCUCAUAAAGAGCAGCUUAAGUGAGGAGCUGAGUGAAAAUCUCCUGGGUUUGGGCCUUGAUCCUGUAGCGUUUGCACCAGGGACUGAGCACCCAGGCAGCCGCAGUGGGGUAGCGCUAGCUGCUGGAUCAACAGACAGCUGUUUCAGUGCAGGUGGAGCCACCACAGACCGUGAGACAUUAAGUACUGUUAGCAGUUACCGCAGUGAAAAAACUGAUUCCACUCAGCUGGAAAGUCCUUCGUUCAGCCAGCCACGGCCUACAGAUGCACAGGCUUCUGGCUCAGCACCAACAAUAGGCUCCAGCAUCCCCAGACCCACAGAGGAUCCGGCAGGACAGGGUGGCAGUGAUACUGACAACCUGUCGGACAGUGUGCUACUUCGAUCCCCUUCCAAAGAUUUCUCCCACAGCCAGGGGCUAGACAGGACGCUUGUUGAAGGAGAGGACUUGCCACCUCUACUUUGUGAUAUUGCACAUCACCCUCCACUCCAGAACUCUUCCCCUUCAAGUAGUGGUCACUCAGAGGUUUGUGAUUUAGACAGAAAUGUACAAGUUCCUCCUCUACCCCCACCUAGGCAAGCCAAUUCAGUGCCCUCAGGGCUGGCCCUGGGUCUGGUGUGCUCUGAGCCUGCUUUGCCUAUAUCCUCUACCCCCUUUUUGCUGCCUGACCAAUCUGCUCUUCAAGCCCAGCAGGUUGUGCGCCCCAAAGACUUAAAGCUGCUGCGGGCCAGCGGCAGUAGUGUGGGGCACAGGCCAGGCCGAAGGAAAGCUCCAAGAAGGCGAGCUGGAGCAGGGAGUAGUAGUUUUGACUGUGGCUCCUACAGGCGUCAUCACAAUCACAGACAACACAGAGAUUACAUCCCAGUGAGAAACCGACUGGGAGCAAAGGCUUACAGUGAAAGUUUGUUUGAAGAUUCCAGUGACGAGGACGAUGGCAGCGACAUGAGCGCUGGUUCUAGUCUGGGCUCUCAGAGGCGAUACAGCUCCGACGAUGACGAUGAUGAUGACGACUCGAGUUCCUCUACCUCCUGCUACUCCCCUGACCUCGCUAACACUGGCAUUACAUCCCCACUCCCUGCUGCUGCUCAAUUGCCUUCUCCGAGAGAAGGGGAUUUACCUGAACCUACUGGCCCCUCACAUUCUCGUGCUGCUCAGCGCUCCUCAAGCACGGCGAGUGCUAAGACUCAUGCUAGAGUGCUCAGUAUGGACGGGGCCGGUGGAGGCCAGAGUACCACAGCGGUUUUGCCCUCUACUCUACUUACGAUGCCCUCCACCUCCACCCCUGCACCUCGCACUCUCACCAUCUCUAAGUCUGAUCUGGAAGCUCGCAAUAUCCACACUGACGGCUUCCCUGGCACUCAUCAUCAUCGGCUGGAUUCUCUCGGAGGCUCUUGGACUGGAAACCAGAUGGGCUGGAGGACAGAGGAGCUGGUUGAAGAGGGAGCUGUGGGUGGAGCUAUGGCUGCAGAGGAUGGGGGCAAGCAUGACUCAGUCAGCAGUGUGAAGAGGACCCAGGCCAUCCGCAGGAGACACAAUGCUGGGAGCAACCCUACACCGCCCCCGUCCACCAUGGGAUCCCCUCCCAGCCUGCAGGACCUCCAGCGAGCGAGGACCUCCUCUCAUUCACGGACGCGCACACUUCCCUCGGCCUUCCAGUUCGCCUCCUCACUCCUACUGCCCCGCAGCGGCAUCCACGAGGCCUCCACCUUUGACGACACAUCCGAGGGGGCCGUGCACUAUUUCUUUGACGAGAGUGGAGUGAAGAGGUCCUACACAUUCGGACCUGCUGGAGGUGGUUAUGAGGAUCCAGUUCAGGAAAGGGAGAGACAAUCCCAGUCCUCAAGCUUCACCUCCACCGAGGUCCAAGAAGGGGCUCCAGUCCUGUCCUUGCUCCAGCCCAGACCUGUGGUUUUACAGGGUAUGCAGGUGCGCAGGGUGCCUCUGGAAAUGCCCGAGUUUGAUCUGGAUCACGAGUCCCUACAAGAGUCCCAGGAAAACACUCUGAUGAUCGAGGAGAAAGCCAAACCCAAACAGUACUAUCGCUUUUGGGUGCUCCCUGGGAAGUGGCUCAGGGUUCGAUAUGAUCGAUUGGCUCUUCUGGCCUUACUGGACAGGAAUCGGCGUGUGGGAGAGAACGUGUUCGCUGUUGUGCUGGCCAGUCUGGUGGCAUUCCUGGGGUUCCUACUGCUGCUCCAGGGCUUCUUCAGGGACAUCUGGGUCUUCCAGUUCUGCCUGGUCAUUGCUAGCUGCCAGUACUCUUUACUGAAGAGUGUACAACCAGAUGCAGCUUCUCCCAUGCACGGCCAUAACUGGAUCAUCGUUUACAGUCGGCCAGUGUACUUCUGCUUGUGCUGUGUGAUGAUCUGGAUCUUUGACCUAUCAGGGCGCUCUGGCAGCCUGCAGCCCUUCUCCCUCUACGGUGUCACCUUCUUCUCUGCACAGUUCCUGCUCUGUGUCAGGGAUAUGCUCGUUGUGUUUGCCUUGUGUUUCCCCGUCAUUUUCCUGUUUGGGUUGCUACCUCAGGUCAACACUUUUGUGAUGUGUCUGCUGGAGCAGAUCGACAUGCAUGUCUUUGGUGGAACUGCCACUACCAGCCCGCUCUCGUCUCUGUUUAGCCUCUUACGCAGUGUGUUGGUGGCUGCUCUGCUGUAUGGGUUUUGCCUUGGUGCUAUCAAUGCACCGUGGGGGGAUGCCCAUGUGCCAGUACUAUUCUCUGUGUUUUGUGGCCUCCUCCUGGCUUUAUCCUACCACCUCAGCCGCCAAAGCAGUGAUCCCAUCAUCCUUUGGUCAUUGGUCCGGUCUAAGUUAUUUCCAGAGUUGGAGAACCGAACACCAGAAGAACCCCCUGUGGAGAUCAAGGACCCUCUUCCUGAGAAACUGCGUAACUCUGUGAAAGAAAUCCUGCAUUCAGAUCUCGUUAUGUGUCCCCUUAUGGCUGUGAUUACCUUCGCCAUCAGUGCCAGCACAGUUUUCAUCGCUCUUCAACCUGCUCUCAGCUUUGUCUUGUACAUCCUGGCUGGAGUUGUAGGCUUCAUCACACACUAUCUGCUGCCUCAGCUCCGCAAACAGCUGCCAUGGUUCUGCCUGGCUCACCCUGUGCUCCGCUCCAGAGAGUACAGCCAGUUUGAGGUCCGAGAUGCUGCUCAGCUGAUGUGGUUCGAGAAGCUGUACGCGUGGCUGCAGUGUGUGGAGAAAUAUUUCAUCUACCCGGCCGUGGUGCUGAACUCCCUUACGACUGAAGCUCGGAGUGUGGGACAGUACCAUAAAGAGCUGGACAUCUACAGCCGGGCUCUUUUCAUCUCAGUAGCGGGCAUGAAGCUGCUACGUUCAUCUUUUUGCGCCCCCUCCCACCAGUACGUCACGCUGUGCUUCACCACGCUCUUCUUCCACUUCGACUAUCCACACUUCUCAGAAACCUUCCUGAUCGACUACUACUUCAUGUCCAUUCUCUUCAGCAAGAUGUGGGACCUGCUGUACAAGCUGCGCUUUGUGUUAACAUACAUCGCCCCCUGGCAGAUCACCUGGGGCUCGGCCUUCCACGCCUUCGCUCAACCCUUUGCUGUGCCCCACUCUGCUGUGCUUUUUGUUCAGGCCAUCUUCUCAGCCAUCUUCUCCACCCCUCUCAAUCCUGUCCUAGGCAGCGCUGUGUUCGUCACAUCAUACACCAGACCUGUGAAAUUUUGGGAGCGAGACUACAACACCAAACGUGUCGAUCAUUCUAACACCAGACUCGCCACUCAGUUGGACCGCAACCCAGGCGCGGACGACAACAAUCUGAACUCCAUUUUCUACGAGCACCUGACACGCUCUCUGCAGCACAGCCUCUGCGGAGACCUGCUGCUCGGCCGCUGGGGCAACUACACCACCGGCGACUGCUUCAUCCUGGCCUCGGACUACCUCAACGCUCUGGUGCACAUCAUCGAGAUCGGCAACGGCCUGGUCACCUUCCAGCUAAGGGGUCUGGAGUUCAGAGGUACCUACUGUCAGCAGAGGGAGGUAGAGGCCAUCACAGAGGGAGUGGAGGAAGACGAGGGCUGCUGCUGCUGUGAGCCCGGUCACCUCCCACACAUGUUGUCAUUCAAUGCUGCCUUCGGACAGCGCUGGCUGGCCUGGGAGGUGGCCGCCACUAAGUACGUACUAGAGGGCUACAGCAUCAGCGACAACAAUGCAGCCUCUAUGUUGCAAGUAUUUGACCUUCGUAAGAUCCUCAUCACCUAUUAUGUCAAGAGCAUCAUCUACUACGUGAGUCGCUCCUCUAAGCUGGAAGAGUGGCUGUCCAAUGAAACCAUUCAAGAGGCUCUACGGCCGUGUCUUGGGCCUAACUACGUAGACAGUGACCCCACCUUCAACCUGAAUAUUGAUGAAGACUACGACCACAGGGCCUCGGGCAUUACCCCCUCCUCAUUCUGCAUGAUUUACCUGGACUGGAUUCAGUAUUGCAACAGCAGGCGUCAAACGCCGGUGGCUUGUGAAAGAGAUUCUCCGCUGGUCAACAUGUGUUUCGGGCUUUGUAUCCUGGGAAGAAGAGCUCUGGGAACAGCCUCCCACAGCAUGUCUGCAAGCCUGGAGCCAUUCCUCUACGGCCUCCAUGCUCUCUUCAAGGGCGACUUCCGCAUCACAUCUCCCAGGGAUGAAUGGGUGUUUGCCGAUAUGGACCUGCUGAAUCGAGUUGUGGCGCCAGGAGUGCGGAUGUCCCUCAAAUUGCAUCAGGACCACUUUACAUCUCCAGAUGAGUACGAGGAUCCUAUGGUUCUGUAUGAUGCCAUCACUGCCAAUGAGGAGAAGAUGUUGAUAUCUCAUGAGGGUGACCCUGUGUGGCGCAGCGCUAUUCUAGCUAACAUGCCUUCACUGUUGGCUCUCCGCCACAUCAUGGAUGACGGCAGUGACGAGUACAAGAUCAUCAUGCUCAACAAGAGGUUCCUCAGCUUCAGAGUCAUAAAGGUGAACAGAGAGUGUGUGCGUGGGCUCUGGGCAGGGCAACAGCAGGAGCUGGUUUUCCUGCGCAACCGUAACCCUGAGCGUGGCAGCAUUCAAAAUGCCAAACAGGCACUGAGGAACAUGAUCAACUCCUCAUGUGACCAGCCCAUCGGCUACCCAAUCUACGUGUCCCCCCUCACCACCUCAUAUGCAGGGGGGCACAACCAGCUCCGAUCUGUGUGGGGAGGGCCCGUCAGCCCACACAACAUUUACACCUGGCUCAUCAGCAGCUGGGACAGGUUACAGAAGGGCUGUGGUGCUGGAUGUAACAGCGGAGGAAACAUUGAGGACUCAGACUGUGGAGGUGGCUCCACCUCUAUCUCCACCAACCCUGCCAUUCACACCACCCAGAGCACACCCGCCUCCAGCCUCCCCCAGUCCCACAUCACCACUGUCCAGCCCCCCAUGGGUACAGACAACCCUUUAGGUCCAACCCAGAGCUGGCCUCACCAUCCACAGCCUCUCCCCUUAGCUCUUCUCAGCCAGUCAGAGGGCAGGAUGGAGGCAGGACUGCUCUCAUCCCUCCAGCGAACGUCCUCCAUCCAGGGGCUCCUGGGCCAUCAACUGUCCAGCUCACAGCUCUCCUUCAGCAGCUCCUUGGCUCCUCCACCUCUGCCAGGCCCAGAGCGCUUCUGCACCGCAACCCUCCUGGAAAGUGCCGGGCACAGAGCAGGCCAGCGGGCUGGCCUCAGCCUCGGCCAGAGCAGCGGACUUCACUAUGAGAGCCACUUUGGCAAGUGGAGUUUUUCAAGCAGGAAGGGCUUUAAUGGACCAGCUGCAAUGGAGCUUGAAGGAGGACCAGUACAGACCAUACGCACACAGCCUGCUCCUCCGGCACCUCUACAAGAGGUCAGUCUGACACUAGAUCCUCUGGGAGCCACACAGAAGCUGGACCCCACCCUGCUGAAUGCAGGGGACCCCCCCACCCCCCGAGAGGAAUCCACAGAGCUGCCUUUACUCGAGCACCUGCGCUGAGUCUGCACCGGGAGAAACCGAGUGACAUUCUCUGCAGCGAAAGCACACUGCGGUCGAAUCUGGACUAGACCCCAGACUUAUUCCACCCUUUGGGACUCAUUCCAUCAACCCUUGUUUAACUGAGCUUUACAUGAUUUUUAGAUCCUUUAAUGGCCCCUGCAAUACCGGAUAGAUUCAGUCACACACAUCAUCCCUCUCCUUGUCAGCCAAAGGAGUAAAACAUCUGACAGCAUGCUGAGCUGAUGUAGAUCAGAUCGUCAAAUCCUUUCAGCCAAAGUCAGAUUUCAUCAUGACUCAUAGGCUUGAAGAUAUUCUCCUUUUUCUCUAAUGAAGGCACGCAGUGUUUUUAUGGACAACCAUGAGGUUGAAAUAGUAGUGACAGGCCAGAAAGGCCAGUGCAAUUAAAAGGGAUAUUUUACUUGAGGAUUUAUUAUUUUUCUAUACUGGAGAAAAGAGGAUCGACUCUGACUUUCUCUCACUUGCCAUCUGCAGCAAUUUUUUUUCUUUGCAUAACCAAUUAAAAAAAAAAACAUUAUGUUGCUGUAUGUGCAGGUGAAAGAUAUGUUGAAACCACGAUAAGCCUUGUUUUGUUUUUCCCAAUUAGACCACCCUCACUGGACCUUCAGUUGUGUUUCAGACUAUAUUUGACUGAACAUAUUGACCAAGUUCAGGAGCCCCUGGGUCAUCUUUUCCUUCCCUGCACAUUAAACAUAUUCGACAAGAAGAAGAAGAAGAAAAAAAAACGAUCCUCACACCAAAAUCAUCAUCUUUGUGCUCUGGCCUAUUUCCUACAGAGGUGCCUGACCACAUCAACACUCGACAGGUCUAUCUUUGAACAAGUUUCAGGGAAUAAAAAGAGAAGACUCCCCUUCAUCCCUGCCAACAUGUGGUGCUUUUACCGCUAGUUUACAGUCUAUGUAGAUAGGGACACAAGUCCUGAAUCUGAAAUUGGAGAGGUGGGAUGACUUUGGAUGGAACAGCUGCACUCGGAUCCCGGUCGAGUGGAGGAUAAUUCCAAUCUGAGAAAAUUGUGUUGAUCACAAACUAACAAACUGGGAGGGUAAGACACUUAAAGCCUUUUUUUGUUUGGUGAGUGGAAUGUUCUUUUUUCUUUUUGACUUUACUUGAAGAGUUCCUCAGUGUGUAAGGUGCACUGAGUUUGUUUCCUUUGGAUUACCGAUCAACAAGGCCCCCUCUGAUCAGAUACGCUCACUUCAUGACUUUCUCGAUAGCAGGGACCCAGGCGGCUUUGUGCAGGGAGCUCUAUUUUCUCCCUCCUGUUUCUAUACUACUGCUUCUGCAUCUCCUGCUACUACUAAUAAACCCACUACACUACUGCUGUCUCUACAACAGUUAAUCCAACGUUUUAGUUGGAAAUAAACAAGCUGAAUAAAUACUGAAAGCAAAGGAGGAAUAUUUAUUUGAUUAAUAUUGUCUUACAGAUAUCUUUGAUGGGGUUUGUCAAUAUUGUAUGCUGAUGUAUUAAAUUGGGAAUCUGCCUUCUGUUGACUGUACUUCCCACCCCUCCCUCUUCUUAAUUUGUUUGGUGUCAUCACAUUUGUAUCAUCUCACCAAUGGCUGGUAUUUUUUUUAAAGUGUGUAAAAUAACUGGAAGUAUUUCCUGAGAAGUCAUUUGACAUUGGUUUCUUUCCCACUCUUGCACUCUUUUUUUUUUUUUUUUUUUGUUCCACCACUGUGAAAGGCAAAUGAAAAAACUGAUCUCAAGGGUUGAAAUCGAUCAUCCCAUGCAAAGAAGAAGCUGGACACAGAUGUUUCCCCAUGUUGGAUGUUUUCCCAGUGCUUUGUCCCAGUGUGCCCAGUCUGAAAUGACAUCUUCCUUCAAACAUGAUACAAGAAACCUCCUUUGUGUGCUCGUUCUCUCUGCAAAAGAAGUGGAGUUCCCCCCUGUGAGAAACUUGAAAAGGAGGCCAGUGUUCUCAGGGUUUAAAACGGGGAGAGAAAUUGACUUCUCCUGUGGAGCUUUUUGGCCUAAGGCACAAAUUAAAACUGAGGCGUGUUGAGUACUGGGUCACACUGACACAUUACAAAAGAGGCCUCUGUUUGAAAUUUCUCGAGGUUUUUUUUAUUUUUUAUCACUCUAUCUUUUGAGUGCCGUUUUGUCCCCCCCCCCCCCCCCUCACCCUCACUCACACACAUUCAGCUUCUGACAAAAUCCAAACAAGGUUCACAAUUAAAGCCUCUUAUCUUUUUGUAAAGCGUAUUUGCAGCCUUAAGAUUUCUGUCAGUCUCGGCUGUGAAGAAGCGACGACAGGUCAAAAGUGCGUCAGUCUCCCUCUUUAAAAACACACUAGUAACUCCCUCAACUCAGGAAAAACAGAGACUUUCUGAUCAGUGCUGUUUUCUGUUUUUCUUUUCCUCCUCAUUCAUCUUCAAUCCAAAGCACCAGGGACUAAUAUUGUUUUUUUAAUUUUUUUUUUUAAUGUUUGCUGGGAGUGAGGAAAGCACAAGUUCACAGUCAGACGUGGGUGUCAAUAAAAAGGGAUUUCUUAAUCUCUGAUAUUAUGUACAGCAUGUUUGGUAUAUAAAUAUAUAUUUAAAAUAUAAAUCUAUUUUAUUAUUAUUGGAUUUUUGGGGUUCUUUUACAUUUAAGACGCCAUGUUGAGGUUUAGGGGAGGGACUCUUGUGUUUACCCGUCAGAGGGAGGGGCUGAGUGGAGAGGGGCAGUCUUCACUUUUAAAUGUGCAGUUUGGGAAGAAUCAGUUCAAACUUCUUUUGCACAAAAUGUAUCAUACACCAUCCCACUUGUUUUUUUUUUUUAUUAUUGUAGUUAUUUUGGGAGCAGGGUCUUUAUUUAAGAACUUUAAGUCGUCGUUUAAUGUUCUGUACAGUUUUUUUUUAUGUGAUUUUUUUUUUUCUCCUAUUUAAAUUAAAGGUUUUUGUGUCUUUGUUUUCAAACGAA